AUGGAUGAGAUCAGAGACACCUAUGCUGAAGAAAUUCAAGAGGAAAAGCGGUCCAGGGAUGCAGCAGAGACUUCGCAGAGCACACCGCAGAGCCAUCACCAACCUAUCACCGCAGAAGCAGAUUCGACACCAUCUCCGGGACCCAGCACACAAGGAGGUGGUGCAGUCCCCACCCAAAGCUUCUUUGGGAUCACCGUGAGGGACCUCACCCAAGCGUUUGGUGACACUACGGUCAGCAACGACCCCUUGGACGAGUGGCUUCCAGAUCAUGCUCCGGAAGAUGCGACUACUCUACAAGCAUUGCUUCAUCCAACCGAGAUGUGCAUCGGCAUGGGGGACACAGAUGUUCACAGCACAGUCUUGUCCUGGCUAAAAGACAUCCACGGAGAUACCAGAGAUCAUCUCCAACUUGCAUCAGAUUUGUCUCUGGCAUCCAUCCGCUUGUUUGUGCCAACACCUUUCCGGCUAGCCAUCACAACCGUGGCAAAGCGAGAAGGCUGGAACACAGAAGCUUUGUUGGCAGGCAUUGUCAGCAACUGUGGCUGGCUAGAAGCACCUGGCACUCGUCUCAGGAUCGAACCAACUGAGACCUGGAGCCGAGCUCCCAUUACACAAGUGAUGCUAGCAGGAGAUCCAUCUAUGCGAAAAUCUUCCUUGAAGCAGUUUGUGACCGAAGAUCUCCUGAGCUCGCCGGACGUGCCCCCUGAGAUACGCAGCCGCAACUGCAUCAAUGGUGAAGCAACAGUGAAAGGACUCCGCAGCUCCAUGCAAUCUUACAGCCGCGCCGGAUUGGUGAGCGACGAGAUUUCGACCACUUACUGCACCGAUAAAAAGCAGGGAACCGGAAGCUUGCACUAUAUCGAUGUGAAUAAACUUUGUACCUGGUUGAACGGAGAGCCAGACAUUGUGGCUACAGGCUCUGGCCAGCUGAUCUUGCAGAACUACGCCUUCCAGCACAUGAUCUGGGGACAAAUUCCUCUCGUGGAGCAGGUGCUAGCUCCCAACGCCUCCUUCUUUGCCAAGCGCAUCUAUGUUGGCUGGCAGGUGGUCCCAGUCUUCGCAGAUGACGAGCAAAAGGCAGACACAUCCAAGGAGUUUCUCAAGGACUUCCAUGCUUGGAUGGGACGCAACGCGUCUGGGAACAUACAAUCCAGAUCCUUGGAUGGCUUUGCCCGAACAGUUUUCCGAGAGGCAGCCAAAGCUAUUCAAACAUUCCUUUCCGCCACCCACGGCCAAAUGCACGAACACUAUGAGCAGAAAUUGCGCUACUACGACACAGAAUGGCUCCGGUUUGCUAGCGCCUGCCAAAGAAUGGAAGACUUUUGCCAGUGGAAGCUGCAACGCCAGCAGGAUGAACGUACACAUCCAGAACGGCAGCAACCACAAGAUCCAGCAGAUGCAGACACAACUCAGGACGCCGCACCAGAACAAGCCGAGCCCAUUUCCUUUCUCAGCUUCAUUCAUGCCCUUCAUGCAUGGAAGAGCCAGAUGGCUCUGUGGGCUGCCUUCUACCGCUCGCGAUGUGUCAAAGACAAGGACAAAGACAUGAAAGACAAGCCCGACCGCCCAGGAGCUCCUCCUGAACCAGAAGACGAAAUGGGACAGAUCCAGAAAGAAAUCUUGUCGCGUUGCCCCGGAAAUGCAGUACAAGAGACCGCCAAAGUCCGAAAAACCAUGAAGAAUUACUUCAGAAAGAAGAAAACAAUCGACGUGGCCAAGAAGCUGCAAACAGCAGUGAAAGAUUUGAUCAAAAGACGCCUGCUGCUGGAGAUCAAGCCAAGGAAAGAGCAACAGGCUGCGAAUGAGGAAGCGGGCGACAAAGCUGCCGAAGACACAAAGGCAGCGCAGUGA